UAAAUAGAUAUCUGUCUACAGCUAUCUACAUAUCUACAGCCAUAGCCAUUUCCGUAAAAUCCUGCAUUUCUAUGCAACCUCGCACGAUUAUAGUAUGCAUCAUUCACACAUAUAUUAAUCUACAGAUCCUCGAGUUCACGAAUCUACAUCCCUCGAAAGCGUAUAGGUGGGAUUGCGCAACAGCUUGUAGAAGUCGUCUGUACUCUGCCGUGCAUUGUGCAUAAUCAGUUGAUUAAACUAAAGAAUCAGACUAGGCGUAAAUAGUCAAACUUGACUGAACGCAAAAACUACAACCAACAACAACAACAGUGGUGCAUAAUAUUUUUGUGACUGUCACAAUGGGGUCACAACCUAGUCUUCCAGAGGUCAAUCUUGUUGAUAAGACGAUCGUUGUAACAGGAGCAAAUACAGGGAUUGGAUAUGAGACGGCCAAGGCACUAGCUCAAGCAGGGGCAAAGGUCAUUGUAGCAUGCCGAUCAGAGUCUAAAGCAACCGAGGCCAUUGAACGAAUGAAAAAGGAGCAUGUUGAAGAGAAAACAGAUCCGAAAAAGCAGAAAGUACAAAUAAAGGCCGAUGACCUCAACGUUGAAUUCAUGGCCCUUGACCUAGGGUCACUAGAAAGUACGAUGACCUUCGUUGAAGCCUACAAGAGCAAGGGUCUUCCUCUACAUGUUCUUGUGUGCAAUGCCGGUAUCAUGUUUGGCCCAGAAGAACUGACGUCUGACGGAUACGAGCCUCAUUUCCAAAUCAACUAUCUCUCUCAUUUCCUUCUCAUCCUCCACCUCCUGCCCGUCCUGAAGAGCUCUGGUCCCGGUGCCCGGAUCGUUUCGGUGUCUUCCUCGUUGUAUAGCUUUGCCAACUGGAAUGCCAGCGAUUUGCAGUGUUUGAAGAACAACGACAGAGGAAAACGAUACUCCAAUUCAAAAUGCUAUCAGGUCAUGCACAUGUUCUCAUUGGCUCAACGGUUAGAAGGGUCAGGGGUCAACGUGUUUUCGCUGCACCCCGGUGUCGUCAACACAGAGCUUGCAUCGCGUGACGGGCAGCAGGUACCGGGGUACGUGAAACUUUUUAGCGGCGCGGGAAGGAAACUGUUGCGGACUCCAUUCGACGGUGCAUUGACAUCUCUCCACGCCGCCGCUAACCCGGCCUACGACGAUAAGACUGCCCUCUUCUUUGACAGCUCAAAGCCCAAAAGUGUUAAUGCCAUGGCAAGUAACAAGGAAAAGCAGGAGAUUCUGUGGAAAUAUUCCUUGGAAUGCCUGAAGGAUCACAUCACAGAGGAUGUCAUGAAGGAACUCGCAUCAGCAUAAGUAACCUGGUACCCGUUUCACGCAGCGUUUUUUCAAUGACAUAUGACAAAAAUCAGUGACAAAUCUGCUGAUAUCCAAUCAGAAGCAAGGAAUUCAGUAGCUUAUAACAAAAAAUGUCGUUGGUCACUGAUGAAAAGUUCUGUCAAACGCCUCCCUGGACCCUUCGGACAAUUGUUUAUAUUUUUUAAAGGUGAAAUAAUGCCUUUGCAAUAAAUUCUCUUUUCAAUUAUAAAUGACAAAAAUCAGUGACAAAUCUGCUGAUAACCAAUCAGAAGCAAGG